CUUCUAUUCUUCAUUGCUACUAAUACCAGCAAGGGCCUGCGAAGGAAACCAGCGCAUUAGUAUAGAAAGAGCUACAAAAAUGAUUGAAGACGUGGAGGAGAAUAUACCUGUUUUCCUCUCUUUUAACAAUCUUGGUGUAAAGAUCGGCGAUCGGGAAAUUCUUCGAAAUGUAAGCGGGAAAGUCAACCCAGGGGAAUUGUUAGCUGUGAUGGGCCCUAGUGGUUCUGGUAAAACAACAUUGCUAAAUAUUCUUGCUGGAAGAAUGUUUCCAGAAAGUGGUGAAAUCCUUCUCAAUGGUACACAGUUGAACAAGAAACUGAAGAAGGCUAUUUGUUAUGUCCUGCAAGAAGACAUUUUCUUUGCCAAUCUUACUCUUCGGGAAACUCUUACUUUUUCUGCAAUGCUUCGCCUGCCAGAUGCCUUGUCUAAAGCUGAAAAGUUACAAAAGGUAGAUGAAAUUGUUGACAGCUUGGAUAUCAGGAAGUGCUUAGAUACAAAGAUUGGAAGUCCUUUUGAAAGAGGGUUAUCAGGAGGAGAGGAAGUUCAAGAAAGGAUUGUCCAAGGCUGGGCUGAAAGACAGAAAAGACGUCAGAAAUAUUCAGCAAUUUCCUACAACCAUAGACCAGGAAGAACUGAUACCCCAAGUCCUACUCCAGAGAAGGAUGACAAGGACAAAUCACAGGAUAUGGCGAGUGCAACGAGCCCUAAAAAUGGGCAGCAAAAAGCUACUGAAGAGUUACAGAACAAGGAUGAUGUGUCUGUUCAUUGUACUUCAGAUGUACAUGAGGUAGAUGAGAACUCUGAAGUCCCUGAAAAAGAAAAUAAAACAAGUCCUGCAUCUGGCAGAAGUGGUGAGUCCACUGGUGAGCUGUCAGUUGCUGACAGUUCGAAUGAACAGAAAGAUACACUAAGGCAGGAGAAUGGAGGUGAAUUCUCGUCUGAGGAGAUGCUGGACAAAGAAAAAGAAAGUAAGACAGGCAAUGGGCUUAUACCAUUUGGAAAUGAUGGACUGCCUUCAGAGAUGAGUGAGAGUUCAAACCUCUUGGCUUCAAAUCCCAAACCAUCUGCAUCUAAGACCCUUUGGAGGAACGUGAGAGACUCAUUCACCAAAUCUUCAGAUCAUCUUCCACAAGUCCCCUCAGAAAUCCUGGUACCAGUAGCAGAUGUCAAUGUGGCUGUUGUAUCUUACAAGCGUAGUACAUCACGUGAUUAUUCUAAAAUAGAUGUUCAUGAUGACGAUGAAGAUCAUUCUGCCCUGUACUCAGAUAUUUCCACAUCAUGGCCCACAAGUUUCUGGACACAGUUCACAGUUCUCCUACUUAGAACGUUUAAGCAGUCCAAACCAGAUAUUUUGUCUAAGUUAGAGUUAUCACAGAACUUGCUUCUUGCCCUCGUUUCGGGCUUGAUCUGGUUCCAGCUUCCUUACAAAGAGAAGAGCAUUGAAGACAGAUAUUCACUGCUGUUUUUCGUUGUGGUUUAUUGGAUGUUUAAUCCACUCUUCCAAGCUCUGUUAUCAUUUCCAAGUGAAAGGACUGUAGUAAAUAAAGAACGUGCUGCUGGCUACUACAGACUCUCUGCAUACUAUUUAGCCAAGUUGUUCAGUGAAUUACCGCUGGUCUUAUGUCAGCCGACUCUGUUCUAUACGGCAGUCUAUUGGAUGACGGGUUUAAACAGAAGCGAGUCCUUCCUCGGUGGCCUUUUCGUGCUUUUGUUAACAGCCAUAACAGGACAGUUGCUCGGCGACUGAGUCUUCUUACGGUAAAUGCCACAACAAUGGAACCGUCAUCGAAGGAACGGACAUUUUAGAGAGGCUGAAUGUGACAAGAUCUGUGGGAGAAAACAUUGCUGUACUUCUCUGUUUUAUUUUUAUAUUCAGAAUUUUGACAUAUCUUUCUUUACGCUACUUACACAAGCCAAAGUGAUUUCGGUAUUCAGAGACACUGCACGAGCGAUCUGUUAUUUCCUUGUGUUACGUUAAGAUGUCAACUUGUAGCCAUUUGACAACUGACAUAUGUUUAGCGGUGACCACUUUUCAACCUGUCAGAACGGUAUUGGGUUGAUCAAGCAACGUGAGAAUUAAAUAAAGUAGAUAUAACACGGGAGAAGAAAUGUUAUUGCUUAGAGCUGAAGGCAUUGAGUUUGAUUAUGCAUCAUAAAAUAAUAUAACAAGAAACGAAGUUCAUCGUCAAGUGCUGACGCCCCCCUUGCUCCAAUCACAGGAGCGGCCAUGUACAUGUAUUGUGAUGAUUACUGUUACUAUUUAAAUAUUUAACUGCAAGUUAUUAUUUAGAGAGACGUCAUAUCUUGUGAGCAAGAGGAAUUACGAUAUUCCUUACUGCCAUAGUAAGAUGUGUUAUCUUAGGCCAGAGGGGGAUAUGACGUCAGCAGGUGCGGUAGAUAUUUCUAAAUGUUAAAUAGAGGUAGAUAACGCGUUGUGUCUUGAAUGGUUUUGUUCGUAGAUGACUAUUGGAGAACGAUGAACAGUCUUUUUAUGAUUAUAGCAGCUCUUACACAAUUAAAAUUCAGUUUUCAAUUCUUAGUCGGAUGUGUGUGUUUACAGUUAAACCUGGAGGAAGCGAAAAAUGAAGAAACCCAUACUACAAUUCGGUAAAAACAGAUUCUGGUAAAUCA